AUGCCGGCUUCCCUAAAACACUCCUCCCCUAAUUCUACUACAAAAUACCAUAAACUCUCUGGUCCGCACUCCUUCACCGACUCCAAACAUUCUACUCGCCUUGAACGCUUUUUCCUUAUCUCAGCAGUUAGUCACUUUAAACUUACCACAAACGCGUGGUACCGGACUCAUGGUUAUCACUCGCCUUUUGACAUUUGGCUGGUGUUUCUGUGGACUAUCAUAGUUACUCUCACCACCGGAUAUUUUGGGUUUUCACUUAAAUUUAUUGUAGAUGAAAAUUACUAUGAACAAGAUGUAUCGUAUAGCAUGCAGGGAUCUAAGUUGUUAUGGGGUUUCCUAGGUUUUUUAACCGUUCUUGUUUCAGUUCUCACUUGUCUGAAGGUCUCAUUUACCGAUACGACGGAUAAGAAAGUGAUGAGAGAAAGCAGGGAGAGAGACAUGACUUACAUGAAGACAAAAGGAAUGCCAGUUGUUGUGGAUGGCUGGUGUGGAAUUUGUAGAUUCAAAGUGGGAUGGGGAACAAGACACUGUAAAUUUUGUAAUAAGUGUGUACAAGGUUUCGAUCAUCAUUGUCGAUGGCUGAAUUGCUGCAUCGCGGAAUCCAACUAUCGGUACGAUGAAUUCCGAACAUUUGUGACAUUUUUAAUAUCAUCUCUAUUGGCGUCAAUAAUGAGCCUUUGGCUAGCUGUGCGUGCCUUUAACGUAUACCUGGAUUCUGAAGAUAUUUACAAGAUGAACGUGCGUUUAAUCAUUUCACCUUUAGUCCCAAAUAUUAUGAUUUUUGGACUUUUCAUAAAUAUUAUAUUGGUACUCAUUAGCUUAGGAGUUGUUCUGUUUCUCAGUUAUUUGUUAUUUUUUCACGCGAGACUAUAUCUAAUGGAUAUGACGACUAUAGAAUAUUUAAAUCACCAACAGCAAAGGAAAUAUUACAGUGAUCACUAUGAGGAUGAAGAAGAUGAGAAUCCGUGGAGAAGACCGUAUUAUCCGAAUCCAUGGAGAAGAAGAUUUAUGAGAGCUGUAAGGAUGAUUUGUACGCUGUCAAGAUGUUGCACAAAGAGUAGGAAUAGGAGAAAAGAUGAGGAAUUCGAUGCGUUUGACGUUGAUCGCUCGGCACCAUUUGCAGCAACCUUUCAUGUUACACGCAAAUACUAA